AUGUCCGCACAGGAUAAAAACUCUACAGUGGACUUAGCAAAUAACUUGUCAACGGCCUCCUUGCUCUCUUACAAAUCUUCUGCUCCACUGACAACUCGUCAUAACAACGGAUCAAAAUCUGACGCACAACAGCAAACCGUCGAAUGGACAGACGAAGAACGUUUACUCUGGCUAUUCUAUAAACUGAAUGUAGUUUAUUUAAAUCUUAAUCAACUACCACUAAUUUUUAAAAGCGUGUACCAUUACGACAUUCCAUGGCUUGAUAACGAUAAAAAGCUAUUGUACAGCAAAUUUCCCCAUAAAUUGCGUAAGCUACUUCAAUGCAGAAGUUUCCCCCAUUACACUGAUCUUUAUGACAGAUCCUAUCCUUCGGAUUGUUGGCGUGCUUCUCCAUCCUUUGUCAAACCACUGGACAUUCAUUCUCACGUUCUUACCAGCAAAGUAUUCGGAAGAGAUGUUACUUCUCCAACUAUAAAAGUAAUGGAAACACGAUUGCGCACUCUGCUUCCAGACAGAUCACGAAUAAGCAUUGAAUUGUUACGUGAACUAUAUGAGAGUCUAUAUCCGCCAUUGACUCCCGAUAUUAUUUCAUCAUACUUGGUGUAUCCCUUGGCUGAGACACUGAAUGACAUUACGCCUGCGUAUCGUACUCUACUGCAACAUAUAAAAUCACCUGGUUUAGAGAUGGGAACUUAUUAUCUUACUAUAAAGUCUAAAGAAGAGUGUAAACACGGUGAACACGCAGAUUAUAUGCGUAUAGUAAGACGGCAGAUGGGCGAACUGAAUCCUGAGCAUGUAAGAAACGAUGAAAAGAUAGGAUGGAGCGUAGCCAAGGAUAAUUUGAUAGAUAGAAGAAGAGCGUCGACCGAACAGUUGGAGCAGAACGAGGAGACAGGAUGGAAAACAGGCAGGGAUGUAUCGAUAAGUCGUGAGAUAUUAUCCAUUGAGCGGUUGGAACGUGAUGGAAGUAAAAAUGAAGAAAGUUGCUUGGCGAAGCUCAAAGAAGAGAUACUCACUUUGUUUCAGAACACGUUUUAUUAUCGCCCUUCCGCGCUCGAAGAAGCCUACGUAGCGACUUACGACCGUCAGCCUCCGAUAAGUUCCAAGUCAAAGACAGUUACAGUUGCGGACCUCCUCAGCACAGAAUAUCCAUCUGAAUUUGCCAUUGUACAUUUAAAAUCAAAUAUAAGUUUUAUUUGUCGGAGGAGCAAGCAACCAUUCAAAGGAAGCGAGUUCAGAUAUAAAAUAGCAUCAGACAGGAUUGCAAUAUCGGAACGUAGGUAUUCAGAAUCCAGAACGGAUCAUAAGUCAGAAUAUAUUCAUCCACUAGAAGUAGCAUUUGCGCGGGUAUAUUGUGUCGCUGCACCAUCGACCGAGCUAACAACAGAUGACUUGGAAGAACUUUACUAUGAUUUAUAUCAAAGAUCAGUAGGCUGGCAUAAAUUCCAGUAUACAAGCUUCGAAGACUUUUUAGCAGACUCAAACGGAUUCGAUGUCAGGGGUCGAUUAAUAAAAGUCAAACAGUGUCGAUUGAGUGAGCUACUUAAGCAUAAACAAAUUUCACCAUUUCAUUUACGAACUGAACGAAGGUACGAUAUGCGCAAUGAGAAUCGAGUGCGCCCCAGGACAGAGGGACGUGGGACAUCUAAAUUUGGACACGAAAACACAGUCCGUAAUGAAAUACGAGAUCAUCAAAUGUUGGAAGGGAGAACCAUGCAUAAAAAUGAUAGCAGAACGCGUGCACGUCUGACUCAUCCACGGUUUGAUACUAGAUUUCAAUCACGAAACUAUACAAAGCAUUCUACAAGACCUGAAUCCCAGGUCGACGUGCGACAUUCAAUGUAUGGAGACACACGGUUCUAUGCCAAACCCGACCCAAAUUAUAAUAAAGGAUCUCGGUAUGGCUACAAAAGGGGACGCUCUCCUGAAGAAGGUAAUGUUGCGAGUGAGCGUUACAUGCGUAGAAGAAGAUCGAUAUCGCCUUUCAAACAUUCCAUGACGUCUUCAUCGCCUAGCAAAGAAGAUCUAGAACUCAAUUAUACUUCACUUACAAACGAGUUAUUAAAUAGCCCUCCUGUUGGGGUUUCAGUGACUACCGGUAUGUCAAACAAUGACGCAUUUAGAUCUUCUUCACCGCAAUGGACAGGUAGAACGUUAUUUGUUCGAACGAGUAAAUCUAAUGGAAAGCGUCGAAUGAUAUAUCCGAAAAGAUCGGGGGAAAUACACAGAGAUGCACAAAGGAAUGUAAAAGGGCAUUUACGAGGAUUGAGACAUUACAACAGACGGACCGAUUCCAUUCAAGACACUCAGCACGAUGGCCAUGAUAUGUCUCAUAUAGACACGUCCUUGUCCCCUGAUCAGCUUUCUCAUUUAUCCCGCUCUGCUUUAUGGACAAUGGAAACUAGCGAUCCCGCGCUUGGCCAAAAAUCUCCUUCUUAUUCAUCAAUCCAAAGGGAUCCCCAAGAUACCGAUUCCCACAUGUCAACUCGGGGGGUUUUUAUAAAACCUCUUAUAUCUAACAGAAAAUAUAAGAGUAUAAGGAGAAUAGAUAACAGCAAUGAAAGGCGCGAUAGGGAAAGAAGAAAUAGAAAUCGGUCUAGAAGACGAGAGGACAUUGAUGUCUACGAGCGUAGAUGUCCGCCGUUUUCGCCAGAAGCUAGAAGUGAUGAUGGGGAUCAUAGUGGUGACAGUAGUUCUAGUGGAAAUUCUGGGCUGGGUAUUCGGAUAGCUUCAUCGCCAUUGCCAGAGGUAUCAAAAGAGAUAGAGACAACAGGCAGAUAUCAUGGUGUUUUGUCAUCUCCCGCGUACUCACCUGAUUUCCGAGAAAACCCGACUUCGGAACCGGUGGUCAAUGUUUUAACGUCACCCACGUAUUCGCCACAACUUCAAGAAAAAUCAUAUAUGGAGUUUGGACUUCGUGUUCCAACGUCUCCUGAAUAUUCGUCGGAGCUACAGGGGGCAGUUAUAUCAGGAUUGAUGGUUGUUGCAUAUUCUUCUACAAACUCUUCCGCGCAUCAAGAAGACGCUUGUAACACCUCAAUUUCGCAAGAGAAACUGCACGAAGAUUCUGAUAUGCAUCUCGCAGAGUCUCUUUCGUACUCGCAGGAAAAGUCUUACAUGAAUUUGAGUGGUUGUCACUCGCCCUCCUCACAAGAAGAAAAACUUGAUAAGAAAUCGUUAUUCUGCAGUCAGUCAUCACCAUUGCAUUCCCAUGACUAUGAGGGAAAGUCACAUGAUGACUUGGAACAUUAUGAUGCAUCCUCAUCCUCGUGCGCCCCAAUUUUAGAGGAUGCGAGUACCAAUAUAUUGACCAAAGGAAAGCAACCAGAAAUUUCUGGCUCAUUGUCUCCAUCAACAAUAACGUCCACAGUUACACCUUCUACACCGGAAGGCUAUGAGGAAUUGAACGAUGAAUUGAGAGAGCCUAAUAGAAGAGAGUCAAAUAAAGAAUCGAGUGAAAAAAAAGUGAACGAAGAAGUGAGUGGUGAGGUUUUUGGAGAGGUAAAAGAAGAAUUGAACACAGGCUUGAGUGGUGAAUCAACAGUAGUAGCAUCAAUUGAAGAAAGGAAUGAAGAAUGCCAGUCGAAUGGGGCGUUGGGCAACAUACAGGUGUUGUUGAAAGAAACUGAUUUAAAUUCACUGAAUCCAUCGUAUGGCUUUGCUAUCAUGCCAGUAAUGAGGACAAGUGAGGUGUUUAAGGAGUUGUCACCUCUACAAGCAGCUAUGAUCGAGGCUAUAUUUAUUGUGAACAAAGAAAUGAAUUGUCAAAUGCUAGAUAAUGAAUCUUAG